AUGGCAGACCAGUCCAUCAUCCGCAUUACCAAGGAGCUCAGCGAGAUUCAGAAGACUACUGAUCUCUCUCUCGCUGUCGCUUGCCGCGAUGUGGAUGUUCGCAACGUGAAAGCGCUCAUUAUCGGACCGCAUGACACCCCAUACGAGUUCGGAUUCUUCGAGUUUGCCGUCAAAUUCAACAAGGAAUAUCCCCGAAAGCACCCCCAAGUAACUGCCACCACCACCAACGGCGGCCGCUGCCGCUUCAACCCCAACAUCUAUGCCACUGGCAGAGUCUGUCUCUCUAUUCUAGGAACAUGGCGCGGUGAGCGAGGAGAGGAAUGGUCCGCUGCGCAAGGACUGGAGUCGAUCCUGCUGUCGAUCCAGAGCUUGAUGUCUUCCAAUCCUUAUGAGAACGAACCGGGCUUCGAGGAGGCGAACGAGCCCUCAGACAAGAGAAACCAAAAGGACUAUGCUGACAAGAUCCGGCAUGAAACUCUACGAAUUUCGGUUGUCCAGCGACUGGAGGAGUACCUUCACAUGGGUGUCGAUGGCGCGGCUUCGCCAAAGCCAGCAACACUCGCGGACUUGGACGAUAUGGACAUGGAAGGCAUGGAUGACUCCAACAUCCCUUUCGAACCCUUCAAGGACCUCUGCAAGCGACGCUUUCUCUGGUACUACGAUUCGUAUCUGGCAGCUGUCGAGAAAGCGAAGAAGGAUGUUAAGGACAACCAGGCUUUCGUUCGAAUGCCGUUUGAGGGAUCUACUAACUCCAUGGACGGAAAGUUCAACUACACGGAGCUGGAGAAGCGUAUCCGGAACAUCAAGAAGGCGCUUGACGCUGAGACCGCCAGCUGGGCGGUGGAGGGCCUGGAGCUGAAGCGCAAGGAUGCAACACUUGCUGUCAACCUACAGCGGCAAUUCGAGCAGGUUGUCGAGACCUUCAAGAGGAAUGGCGCCCCGCACAACGUUGAACUUGAGGACAACAACCCUUUCAUCUGGACGGUGACCUACAUUGGAAAACCCAUGACGAACCUCGAUGGUGGUCUAUUCCGCUUCAAGAUCUUCCUCAGCCCACACUUCCCCGAGGAGCAACCACGAGUCAAGUUUGAGACGCGCGUAUUCCAUCACCGCAUUGCCGCAGACGGCACUCCGUGCUACUCGGCUAGCCCGUCGCGUCGUGAGGAUGUUAAGACUCACAUCGACUCGGUCAUCGAUGCUCUAGAGGAGGAGCAUCCCCCUUACGAUCCACGUACCCUCGUGAACCCGGAGGCUCAUAAGCUGUACUGGGGCUCUCCCGAGGAUCGGAAGCUGUACAACAGGCGCCUCCGCCGAACUGUGCAGCAGUCCAUGGAGGAUCUCUAG